AUAGCGUUCCCCAAAUUUAGUAUACCAAGGAGACAGUCUUACAGUAGCGUUGUUUCAGACUUACUCCUGUUCCCUUUAAGUUUAAAAAUCUUUUAACCAUGGAUGAUUUUGGCUGCUUUGAUUACAAGCGCCCUGCCAGCGCCAAGCAUACCGAUUGGCGAACCUCUACGUAUCGCGGUCAUCACCACCUCACCGAUCUCAGAAUGGGAAACAAGCUGAAUGUCAAGUUUGCCGACAAAGACCUCUAUGUGAGUGAUCCGUUGCUGUCGGAGAAGCUCAAUUCUGAGUGCAUGGCCAAUUAUGUGUGGCAGUAUGGCAAUCCGAAUGCCCUGAAGAAUCCCUCGCUCAACAUGAAGACCCAGUACAUGAAGCCCUUCGAGCAGGGACAGCUACGUUUUGUGAAGCGCAGAAUAAAGCCCAUCUCGAGUGUUACCCAUGACACCUAUGUGCUCAAGGAAAUGCCCGAGGAGCCUGAGGUUGUGCCUGUUGCCAUGCCCACGCCAGUUAAAGCCACUAAGAUAGUUAUCGAUCGUUCUGAGGAGGGCUAUAGCAAGUACUUGGAUCCCUCUGCAACCACCUACAAUCUGUCGUAUGUGCGACUAAGUCCGGAAAAAAUAGCCGGUGGAGUGGGAGCCCAUGACAAUUUAACCUUCUGGAAUUGGUCGGAGAACAUGAUGCCCUCGCGCAAGGUAUCGCGGGAACCGGAUGCCAAUAUGUGCGAUGAUUUUCCCUCAAAGCUCUGCCCGAAGCGUCGCUGCGAGUUCCAGAAUCAGACCAAGCGUGUACCGCAUUCGGGGAUGGUCUCGGAAGUGCAGGCCAACUACACGGAUCCGCAGACCCGACUAGUUGAGUUCGAUCCAAACGUGAGGCCCGUGUUGGAGCAUGCGGAUGUCGUGCCGUUUGCCAAGAAAAGCGAAUACGCCAUAUACGGAUCGGGAGAACCGGUCGUUACUUACGUUUAGAGCUCAUUCCUUCUAAACAUCUAUUAUUUCCUCAACGAAAUUUAUGUUAAAUAAAACGUAAGAUUUUAUGGUUUUACCUAAGA